UGCGCAACAUCUGCGCAGCUUUGAGUGUCACGUGAAUCGUCUUGCGAGACCAGGAAGCAGAAGCAAAACAGUGUUUGUGGAGGUUGAUGCUACUUUUCUGAGACACUUUUAAACGCUUUAUUUUUCAUCUGCUGAACGAAGAAGGCGACAAUGACAUCUAUUAUAAAAGAAACACGAAGCAUAAAAGAAGCGGUGACUUUCAUCAAUGCAAUUGAUGUGAACAAGUUCUCCCGGCUGAUCUCUCGCAUUAUACAAAAGCUUCAUCUGAAGGGAGAGCGGACAUUCAGUGAAGAUGAGGAACAAAAACUUCAGGCUGCUCUCUCACUCGAUAAAGAGUCGCUCACUCUAGUUCUGGAAACUGCUGCUUUCAUAUUAGAGCAGGCUGUGUAUCAUAAUGUAAAGCCGGCCGCUUUGCAGCAGCAGCUGGAAGCGGUUCAUCUAAGCUCAGACAAGGCUGAGGUUUUCUCUCAAAUGUGGGCCACUGCUGGACCAGAGCUGGUGGAAAAGCUUAAACACAACAUCUUUUCCUCAAAGAAGCUGGAAUAUGUCGGUUGGCAGUUAAACCUACAGAUGGCCCAGUCCAGCCAAUCCACACUAAAAUCUCCCAGUGCUGUCCUACAACUGGGACUGGGCAAAGAAGAUUCUGAGGUUCAAGAAAACGUCUUCCUUGAGUUUAACCACCAGGAGCUUCUUGAAUUCUACGACAAGCUGGAAAUUAUACAAGGCCAGUUGGACUCCUUGACUUGAUGCCCUACAUGGUGCCUUGUUCUUUGUAGACAAAUAUCUUUUCCAAUAUAAAUACAGUACAUUUCCGAGUGACCUUUUUCCUGUAACCUGCAGUAAGUUACUUCAUGUUUUAUUGGUCUGUACCAGGGUUUCCUCAAUCCUGGUCCUGGGGACUCACAGCCCUGCAUGUUUUAGAGGUUUCUCUUGCUCCAACAUCUGAAACAUGCAGGGCAGUGGGUCCAGUAGGACUCUGUUAUAUACAUUAGUUAAAAGAUUUUUUAAAUGUGCCAUUGGUCCGUGAUCUUUAAAAGUGAAGUGUACAUUGUGUAAAAAGAUAAGAAUCAGUGUCAUUAGUGUUUCCAUCAGGCAGUAUAGUGCAGUAAGAAUAUGACCACAGGGUGUUUAGGUCUGAUGCCGAACGCUGCGUCACAGUGAGCAAAGGGUAACAGUGGAGGGCGUUCAACAUUUCUAUUUUUAUCUUCUGUGAAUAUGGUUAUUUAUCAUAAAAAGAAGACUCAUUUAGUCUGAGACGAGGCUGCAGGCUGCGUUCAGUUUUUCCCCUAUCACCACACGUAAAUGAUGAUCCUGUGGACUGCAAUGUGUCUAGCUCCACCCUGUUGGAGGCAGACCACUGUGCUUGGUUCCUCAACACAAAUUGGAGAAUGAAUUUCACACUAAUAAAAUCUGAAUUUAAGACAAACUCCA